AUGGAGCCUUGGGUAAUAAUAAUCAUAGCUAUUGCUUCUUGUGUUGGUGUUUUGAUAUUUAUCGUGGCCUUAGCUGGGGGUCGUGAUGACAGAGGGGCCGGAGGAGGGGAGGAUCAUGGCGGAGGCGGAGAGGAUGAGGGAGGUCUAAGAGGUCGUGGUUAUUCUGGGGGUCAUGUAGGAUUUUGGAGUAGCGGUGGAGGUGGCAGCAGCUGGUUUGGUGGUGGUGGAGGUUUUGGCGGCGGUGAUGGAGGUUUUGGUGGCGGUGGUGGUGGUGGUGGUGGUGGCGGUGAUGGAGGUGGAGGUGGCGGUGGAGGAGGCGGAGGCGGAGGAGGUUGCUGA